AUGAGUGAUAUGCAAGAUGUUAUCGAGAAAGCAAGAGAAUUAUUAGGUGAGAACAAUGCUAAAGAAGCAUUGAGUGUUUUGAAACCUUUGAAAAAGAAACUUAAGAACCCUAAUGACUCUAUCUUACCUUUGAUGCAAAUUUUCAUCGAUGUUUAUCUUGAAAAAGGUGACGUUGAAAAAGCUUAUCCAAUAUUAUCCGAUGCAUGCGAAUUAGAUCCAACUGGCUCUAAAGGAGGUUCAGAAAAAUUCUUUACCUUUGGCCAAGUUACAGGUGGUGAAGAUGGUAUUAAAAUCAUUUACCAAGGUAUCGAAAAUAUAUCACAAGAGGCUGGCGAAAGUAUAAGUGAAGAGCAAUUAAACAAGAUUGUUGGCGGUCUUUUAUCAAUGAUUGAAAUUUGGAUGACAGAUUUAUGCAUGGAACCAAACGCUGAAUCUCAAUGUGAAGAAUUGAUUCAAAAAGCAAUGGAGAUCUCUGAAAACAGAUCACCUGAAACAUGGUCUAUGUUAGGAUCAAUCAGAAUAUCACAACAGAGAUUCUCUGAUGCUAGUAAUGCAUUUAUACAAGCUUGGGAAUACUUCGAAAUUAAGAAACAAAAUAUUGAAAAGAGUUUGGCUUCCAACGCCAUUGCUUCCCACAGAGAAUAUAUUGAAUUAUUACAACCAUUAUUGGCACUAGCUAAAAUGUGUAUUGAAAUGGGUUUAUAUGAAAUUGCUUUGAAAAUAAUUAGUGCCGUAAAGGAUAUUGAAGAAGAUAAUCUAGAAAACUAUUAUCUGGAAGGUUUUGUACAUUACUUGUUAUGUAAAGUCACACAGUUCAAAGCCACUAAAAAGGACAUAGAAAUAACAGCUGAAAACAUAUAUGAGUUUAAUGAACAUUUCGAAGAUAUAAGAAUAGAAAUAAACAAUCCUACGUUGUCAGAUUUAAUAAAUGACUCUCGUAUUGCGUUGACUUUUGUAGUCAAAUUAGGUGAAAACGUUGAUAAAGAAGAUAACGUUUCUCAGGAAUUAGUUGCCGGUGCUAACAAACUUUUAAAAGAAUUAGGUGGCGCUGUGGACAUUAACACAUUAAUGAGAUCUAAGAAAGGUGAAAAUGUAGAGGAAGCAGAUUUAGAGUUGGAUUUAGAAGUAGAGGAAGAUGAAAAUUAG